AUGCUGAUUAAAGUCUGCUUGACUUCAAUAAGUGGUAAUUUCGCAAAGGACUCAAAGACGUCAAAUGGCGAUAACACAACACCAGAGUCAACUUUUCAAGUGCCUGUGGAAAAACUAAACAUAAACAUGAGAAUGAAAUCUUUUCUGUGGGACAAGAUGAG